UCUUUUGUUGCAUGUUGGACAGACAUGACAACAUGUUCAACAGAGCCACUGGUUGUAAAUAGACCUGACGGCGGCCAGUGCUGCCAACUUCGUUUCAUCAAAACGCUUAAUCAGCCUUUGAAAAAAACAAAAACAAUGGAUAAGGAAAAGCAAACUGCUGCCAAUCAAAUUGGUCACUUAGUCCUCCUUGAUGGAGCUGUCUUAGAAUCUAGCGGAGAGCUUAAGAAUGACGAACGCACUGCGAAUGUUAUUACGGGUCUGUUGAACCUAACCGAAAGCAUUGAUAAGGACUUUAUGGACAAUAGCAGUUGCGAAAGGAUAACCAUCGACUACGACCACUACUAUUACAGCAUUUGUAUGUCGAAUCGCAGAAUUUAUGUCCAUAAAUUGAGUAAAACACACAAUGGAGCGAACGGAGGAAACAACGUAACGAGUUCAUCCUCCGUGACGAACGUAUAUAACGAUCCCAACAGCACUACCAUCGAUGGCAGCGGUUCUGUAGCGAUGGCUUGAAAACUACCAACCCCAGCCCCAGGCUCAGCAUCUUGUCAUUUCUGCUGGCAAUCGUCGCAAGCGGUUGGGCCAAGGCCUUACAAUUGGCGUACACCCUUCAUUUAUCUCAUACUCCUGUUUAUUUGUCAAAGAAUACAUCAUCUCUGAAUUCCAGUUCAAAUAUACGUUUUGCCUCCUGCGUUACAUCCAAAA